UUUUUGGUUCUUCUCAACAUUCUUUGAUGGAUUCUAAAAGAACUUUGACGUUUCUAAUGAAGUGUUUAACUAAUUUAAUCAAUGAGGAUCCACCAUAUUGUUUACAAGCUCAUAUUACUUUUCCUCCAAGAAAACUAGCAAAGUGUAGUCAGUUAGUAACUGGUUAUAUUGUAAAGGCUAAAUCAAGACUGGACUAUUUACAAGUUGAUUAUGAUUACAUUGAUACUAGUAGCACUGAAGAUAAUAUUGAAAUCAAUCAUGAGUUCUCAAUGGCUGAAGUUGAAUUAAAUGACAUAAUGUCUUCAUUUGAGGCUAACAAUUGUCAGACUAUUCCUAAUAAACUGUUGGAGUAUCAAAUGUUCAAUCAGCCUUACUAUACUGAAAGGAUACUGAGAUUAUUAUUAGCUCCUAGACAAGAGAACCAGUUUAUGUUUGCUAAAUAUGCCGAAAGAGAAUGUAAAAAGUUAAACAACAAUGGUGAAGUAGAAGCAUAAUAAGUCCCUGGAGAGAGAUGUGGUUAAUUCUCGCAAGCACUUUGUUCAUUUACAAGAACAACUCAAACACAUUGUCAUGGAGAGAGAUGUACUAGCAAACAAAAGAGACAAAAUGUUCGCCAUAAUUCGACAUCUCGAGUCCCAGCUAUCCAUCCUCCGACAGGGCGGGGGCGGGCGUGAAAAGACCACAUCCUCAGGCCGACUCCUCUCGCCUAAUUUACACGCAACGACUGCUCAGCCUAGACUGGAGAACAGGCGACUCACUGAUCCUUAUUUUAAGGAUUUAAAUCCGAAGCAUCCUCCACAGCAUAGACCCUCAGAUCCUAGUCUUAGAUACCUCUCUCACCACACAGCUGGAGCAACACGUCCUAAUAAUCUACCACUUGGUAUUACUCCAGGUGGUAGUCAUUAUCCUCCUUCAAUAUCCUAUCAAGACACUCCUCUACCUCUUGACGUGAGAGUACCGCCCACAUCAAGAAUGUUCUGUCAGUCGCCUGGUUCUGAUUCGUCAGCUGAUGGUCUGACACCAAAUUAUUUUAAAGUAUCUGCUAGUGCUGAUGAUCUAACUUCUGGUGGUGAGGAUCGUAACUCUAUCCAUUCCUUUGGGU